UUAAAUGGCGGUUGGAACAGCUACGCUCAUAUCUAUUUGUCUAUGGGACAAAUGUCAAGUUGAAAUCGAAAAGUCAAAACUUCGCAAUCGGCCAUUUUCGUUGUGACAGUCUUACGACAUGUCGCACAGGAAGUUUUCAGCACCCCGUCAUGGGUCGAUGGGAUUCUACCCCAAGAAGAGGUCCCGUCGUCAUCGUGGCAAGGUGAAGGCUUUCCCCAAAGAUGACCCCAGCAAACCAGUGCAUCUUACCGCUUUCAUCGGCUACAAGGCCGGUAUGACCCACGUGGUCCGUGAACCCGACCGUCCUGGAUCAAAGAUCAACAAGAAGGAGAUCGUAGAGGCCGUAACCAUCAUCGAGACUCCUCCUAUGGUGGCGGUGGGUGCUGUCGGUUAUAUUGAGACUCCGCAUGGGCUCCGCGCUCUGCUCACCGUGUGGGCCGAGCACAUGUCCGAGGACUGCCGCCGUCGCUUCUACAAAAACUGGUACAAGUGCAAGAAGAAGGCUUUCACCAAGUCCAGCAAGAGGUGGCAAGAUGAGCUUGGCCGCAAGUCCAUUGAGAAGGACUUCAAGAAGAUGAUCCGUUACUGCACUGUGGUGAGGCUCAUUGCCCACACCCAGAUGAAGCUGCUCAAGCAGCGUCAAAAGAAAGCUCACAUCAUGGAAAUCCAGAUUAAUGGUGGUACCAUUGAAGACAAGGUCAAGUGGGCCAGGGAACAUCUGGAGAAGCCCAUCCCCAUUGACUCUGUGUUUGCUCAGGAUGAGAUGAUUGACUGCAUUGGUGUCACCAAGGGCAAGGGAUACAAAGGUGUCACUUCCCGUUGGCACACUAAGAAGCUGCCUCGCAAGACGCACAAGGGUCUGCGCAAGGUUGCUUGUAUUGGAGCAUGGCAUCCUUCAAGAGUUUCCUUCACUGUGGCCCGUGCUGGUCAGAAGGGAUACCACCACCGCACUGAAAUGAACAAGAAGAUUUACCGUAUUGGACAAGGUAUCCACACCAAGGAUGGCAAGGUUGUGAAGAACAAUGCCAGCACCGAGUAUGACCUGUCCGAGAAGUCCAUCACCCCCAUGGGUGGCUUCCCCCAUUAUGGUGAGGUCAACAAUGACUUCGUCAUGAUCAAGGGUUGCUGCAUGGGACCCAAGAAACGCGUCAUCACCCUCAGGAAGUCUCUUCGCGUCCACACCAAGAGGGCUGCCCUUGAGAAGAUCAACCUGAAAUUCAUCGACACAUCGUCCAAGUUCGGUCAUGGUCGUUUCCAGACUCCGGCCGACAAGGCCGCCUUCAUGGGCACGCUCAAGAAGGACCGCAUCAGGGAGGAAGCCGCCGCCACCACCGCCCCGGCUGCUGCUGCUGCGCAAUCUUAAACCAUUGUGCAUUUAUAAUAAAAAAUAUGACCACAAAA